AGCUGCCCCUAACGACUCUGGCCCAGUGCUUGACGGAAGGGUCGGCCAUCUUGGGUGAUGACACUCUGCUCGGGAAGAUGCUGAAACUGUGCGGCGAGGCUGAGGACAAGCUAGUGCAGGAGCUCAUCCAUUUCGAGUUGCAAGUGGAGCGGGGUGUGAUCGAGCCCCUCUUCAUGCUGGCUGAGGUGGAAAUCCCAAAUAUCCAAAAGCAGAGGAAGCACCUCGCCAAGCUUGUGCUGGACAUGGAUUCUUCCAAGACGAGGUGGCAACAGACUUCCAAGACUUCUGGUCUGUCAAGCAACCUGCAGUCUACAGGUGCCAAAGCUGACGCCCUCAGGGAAGAGAUGGAGGAGGCCGCCAACAGGGUGGAGAUAUGCCGGGACCAACUGUCGGCUGACAUGUACGGUUUUGUGACGAAAGAAAUUGACUAUGCAAACUACUUUCAGAUGUUGAUGGAGGUGCAGGCAGAAUACCAUCGGAAGUCAUUAGUGCUGCUGCAGAACGUGCUGCCCCAGCUCAAAGCACAACAGGAGGCCUGGGUGGAGAAGCCAUCGUACGGGAAGCCCCUGGAGGACCACCUGGACGUCAGCGGGCGGGAGAUCGCCUUCCCCAUCGAGGCCUGCGUGACCAUGCUGCUGGAGUGCGGCAUGCAGGAGGAGGGCCUCUUCCGGGUGGCCCCCUCCGCCUCCAAACUGAAGAAGCUGAAAGCGGCCUUAGACUGCUGCGUGCUGGACUUGCAGGAAUACUCUGCCGACCCCCACGCCAUCGCAGGCGCUUUGAAGUCCUAUCUCCGAGAGCUGCCGGAGCCCCUUUUGACCUUCGAACUUUACAAAGAAUGGAUUCAGGCAUCCAAUAUUCAGGAUCAAGACAAGAGGCUCCAGGCCCUGUGGAACACCUGUGAAAAGCUACCCAAGGCCAACCACAGCAACAUUCGAUACUUGAUCAAAUUUCUGGCCAAGCUGUCCGAGUACCAAGAUGUAAAUAAAAUGACCACCAGCAACAUCGCCAUCGUGCUGGGCCCCAACCUCCUCUGGCCUCAGGCGGAUGGGAACAUCACGGAGAUGAUGACCACCAUCUCGCUGCAGAUUGUUGGAAUCAUCGAGCCCAUCAUCCAGCAUGCUGACUGGUUCUUCCCUGGGGACAUCGAGUUCAAUGUGACCGGAAGCUACGGAAGUCCGGUGCACACCAACCACAAUGCCAACUACAGCUCGAUGCCCUCACCGGACACGGACCCACCGGACCGGCCGCCGGGGGAGCAAGCCCGCCGGCCGCUCAGUGUGGCCACCGACAACAUGAUGUUGGAAUUUUACAAAAAAGACGGCAUGGGCGUGCGGGUCAUGGACAUGUCAUGGGUUGCUCGCCGCCGCUCCUCAUUUGCCCGGAAGUCGGCCUGUGCCCCGCCUGCCAUCCAGCCGCCUGCCCCGCCCUCCGAGACCGCCGCUCCCCCACAGUCGCCCGGGCCGGAGCAGCCCCCAGAGACCUCAGCGAGCCCGUCCCCGACACCCACCAGCUUUGGUUUCCAGCUGGGCCCGGAGCGGACAAGCACUUUAAAGAGCAAGGAGCUUUCCCCGGGGGCCGGCCAUGCGGGAAGUCCAGGAUCCAGCCAUGCGGCCCCCAGUGCAGCGUCCCAGCUGGCUGCCGGCCCCAGCCUCCCGCCCCCGUACCAGAACCCGCACACCCUCCAGAAAGUUUCCAAGAAGCUGGCACCAGUCCCACCCAAACCUCCUUUGGGCCAGCCAACGAGCAUGACUGACCAGUCCAAUGGCCAAGCCUCCCCCGUCAGCCUGUCCCCCAUCCCUCCCAGCACCCCUUCUCCCUAUGGAUUUAGCUACCCCACAGGUUACUCCCUGCUCCCCUUGGGCCAACUCUUCCCAGCCUCGGCCCCACCCCCAUCCCUGCCGGCAGCGUCUCCCACUUCUUCGAGCAUUUUAGCCAAAUCGAGGCCCACGCCCAAGCCACGCCAGAGGCCCCCACUGCCACCUCCACCCCAGCCUCCCUCGGCAAGCCUCUCCGGCUCUAGUCCGCAGUCCAUCGACCACCCCGUGCUCGACGGCCUGUCUCCCGGGGAGAGUGUGUCAACAGAUCUGGGCCACUUUGAGAUCCCUUCUAUCCACAUAGAGCUCGGUUCAGGCCUCCACCAGGGUCCACUGGAGCAAAUGCAGAGACACUCGGUGGCGAGGAAAAUAAACUUAGAGGAAGAAGAUUCUGAAAGCACCGCCCUAUGACAUGGCAACCCACCCCCAUCUGACCAGCGUGUACAUAGCAGAACCCUCCGAGAAGUCUGUCCAUUCAAUCAUCCAGCUGAGUGUCCUCCUCCAGGUCUCUUCGUGCUCUAGGACCAAUCCCGAAAAUUCCGGUCUGUCCCCAUGGCAGAUGCCAAGGGGGCAAGUAAUUUGAUAUUAUUGAUUGGUUGGGGGAGGUCAGUGACUUUGGCCAGUUCCAAAGUUUGCCUUUUGACUUGAUGCCUAAUUCUAGCUUCCAUCCACCCUCAACCCUGCCCUGGGUAAGGAACAGUGCCUAUCUUCAUGGACCAGUGCAGCUGCAAGCCCAGUCCAUCCAUGGGGUAGGAGGCAGGAAAGGGAGUCUGGGGCAGUAGGGCAGUUGUCUUUGGCCCCCUGACUUACAUUAUUUAGCUGUGGCCAUGGUUCAGAGAAGGCCUGCUGGUGACCUUCACUCUGCCUCUCACCCAUGCCCUAGACCCCCUGUUAGGGGCCUUCCCUCCCACUUCCCAUGUUCCCGUUGUCCCCCUCCCGCCAUCUUCCCCCAACCAACACUAUAGAUCUACAAUCCAGCCCCACUGUACGUCAGCUGAGAAACCCCUCUGAGUGGACCCAUCAGGGGACCGUUUUCUUCCACGCAGCUCUUGGGACUCACCCUGGCCCCGUUGGCCCAGGGUCAUUAUGGGGGACCGGGUCUCACCGACAGAGCCCAACAGAAAUCUUUGGUCGUUUUUCUCCCUCCCUCUGGGUCUGUAAGUUAGCGCGACACCCCUUUGCUGUAUUCUUCUGACAGAUGGGAACUUGAAUUGUUUAUAGAAAGAGCUAUUUUGAGGGUGACCGAACCUGAAGAUGACUAUUUUUUUCAAAUGAUCUUGGAACCCUGACCGGUGGUCAUUACACUUCUGACUGCUGCUUGUAAUGCAAAGGAGUGAAUCCCGUCCAGCCUUCUAGCCUUCCCUCGGCCCGCACCCAUGGUGGGGACCUCAUCAGCAGAUAACCACUGAAGACCAACGAUUCAAGCAGUCCUGAAGCAGGCUGUGAAGAGAGAAGGAAUCAGCCCCCAAGGAAGGGUCAGCAGACGCAGCCCUCCUCCGACAUCAGUAUUGAUAUGGCACCCCUCCCCUUCCACCCCCUCCACUAAGCUGUGUAGCCGAACAUCCAUGAGAGGAGAUGGGAAAACAGAUGAUGGUUUGGAUCCUAUUUCUACUGUGAAUUUAAAAGAUACAAACUUUGGGGAGGAGCCAAUUUGGUCAUGCAUGUGAAGUCCACCUUCAAAAUAUCUUUUUAUUCUACAUAUAUAUCUGGGCCUAGAUAUAUAUAUUAUAUAUAAUGUAAAUCUCAUCUUUCUAUAUUAGGCAUCUCUAUUUGUUUUAUUUGAUCCAUUCCAUCAAAAUGUAUGUACAGCUCUGCAUUGGAAAGCGAGAAGCUUCAUUUUCUCCCAGUAUCAUGUGUGUGCAGUAACUCUCUACUCUGGCAGCAGUAUUUGCAGAUUAAGAUGUUCUUGCUUUGUACACUUCAUGGCAUUUCCCAGGCUGCAGUGGAGCAAGGGUGGGCGGGGAGAAUCACCCGGAAAUUCAUGUGCAAAUAGUCGUUGAAAGUAAUGUUAUUAAAAUAGAUUUAUUAUCCUUGA